AUGGCGCGAGGCAAUGGUCGACGCGGCCGCGGCCGCGGCCGUGGCCAGUCGUCCACAAAUCACGAUCCACGCACGCCAGAGCCCGACACGGCGGUACAGACCACGAGCACUAACGACAAGCCGCGCCCUGCUGGGCGCAAGCGGCAUCGAGCAGAGGACGACCUAGAGCAAACCAUCAUCGGCUCCCAUCGCGUGGUCUGGGUCACGCGGCCAAAGUACGUGCCAACGGACUCUGGCACCGCUGACUUUGGCAUCCACUUCCCAGAAGUUAAUAUAAAGCUCCCGACGAUCACGUAG